AUGGGGCCGGGGACCCGGGGCCGCCGCCGCCGCCGUCGCCCGAUGUCGGCGCCGCCACCGCUGCCGCCCGUGCGGGCGCUGCCCCUGUUGCUACUGCUCGCGGGGCCCGGGGCUGCAGCCCCCCCUUGCCUGGACGGAAGCCCGUGUAUGAAUGGAGGUCGCUGCACCAGGCCCUCCCGGGAGGCUGCCUGCCUGUGCCCUCCAGGAUGGGUGGGCGAGCGGUGCCAGCUGGAGGACCCCUGCCAUUCGGGCCCCUGUGCUGGCCGUGGUGUCUGCCAGAGCUCGGUGGUGGCAGGCGCUGCCCGGUUCUCCCUGCCGCUGCCCCGUGGCUUCCGGGGUCCCGACUGCUCCUGCCGGACCCCUGCCUCAGCAGCCCACUGUGCCCAUGGUGCCCCCGCUGCUCCCGUGGGGCCCGAUGGCCGCUACCUCUGCUCCUGCCCGCCUGGCUACCAGGGCCGCAGCUGCCGAAGCGAUGUGGAUGAGUGCCGGGUGGGAGGGCCAUGCCGCCACGGUGGCACCUGCCUCAACACGCCUGGUUCCUUCCGCUGCCAGUGCCCAGCUGGCUACACGGGGCCACUGUGUGAGAACGCUGCAGUGCCCUGCGCCCCCUCGCCGUGCCGGAACGGGGGCACGUGUAGACAGAGUGGCGACCUCACCUACGACUGUGCCUGCCUUCCUGGGUUCGAGGGCCAGAACUGUGAAGUGAAUGUGGAUGACUGUCCAGGGCACCGCUGUCUAAAUGGGGGCACGUGUGUGGAUGGCGUCAACACCUACAACUGCCAGUGCCCUCCUGAGUGGACAGGCCAAUUCUGCACGGAGGACGUGGAUGAAUGCCAGCUGCAGCCCAAUGCUUGCCACAACGGGGGCACCUGUUUCAACACACUGGGUGGCCACAGCUGUGUGUGUGUCAACGGCUGGACAGGCGAGAGCUGCAGUCAGAAUAUCGAUGACUGUGCCACGGCCGUGUGCUUCCAUGGGGCCACCUGCCAUGACCGCGUGGCCUCGUUCUACUGUGCCUGCCCCAUGGGCAAGACUGGGCUUCUGUGUCAUCUGGAUGACGCCUGUGUCAGCAACCCCUGUCACGAGGAUGCUAUCUGUGACACGAAUCCGGUGAACGGACGGGCCAUCUGCACCUGUCCACCAGGCUUCACCGGUGGGGCAUGUGACCAGGAUGUGGAUGAGUGCUCCAUUGGCGCCAACCCGUGUGAGCACCUGGGCCGGUGUGUGAACACACAGGGCUCAUUCCUGUGCCAGUGUGGCCGUGGGUACACAGGCCCGCGCUGCGAGACCGACGUCAACGAGUGCCUAUCGGGGCCCUGCCGCAACCAGGCCACAUGCCUCGACCGCAUAGGCCAGUUCACCUGCAUCUGCAUGGCAGGCUUUACAGGCACCUAUUGUGAGGUGGACGUGGAUGAGUGUCAGAGCAGCCCGUGUGUUAAUGGCGGGGUCUGCAAGGACAGAGUCAACGGCUUCAGCUGCACCUGCCCCUCGGGCUUCAGCGGGGCCAUGUGUCAGCUGGAUGUGGAUGAGUGCGCCAGCACACCUUGCCGGAAUGGAGCCAAAUGUGUGGACCAGCCCGAUGGCUACGAAUGUCGCUGCGCAGAGGGUUUCGAAGGCACUCUGUGUGAGCGCAACGUGGAUGACUGUUCCCCGGACCCGUGCCACCACGGGCGCUGUGUGGAUGGCAUCGCCAGCUUCUCCUGCGCCUGUGCCCCGGGAUACACAGGCACACGCUGUGAGAGCCAGGUGGACGAGUGCCGCAGCCAUCCCUGCCGCCACGGAGGCAAAUGUCUAGACUUGGUGGACAAGUAUCUCUGCCGCUGCCCUCCUGGCACCACAGGAGUGAACUGCGAGGUGAACAUUGAUGAUUGUGCCAGCAACCCCUGCACCUUUGGAGUCUGCCGGGAUGGCAUCAACCGCUAUGACUGUGUCUGCCAGCCUGGCUUCACAGGGCCCCUUUGCAACGUGGAGAUCAACGAGUGUGCGUCCAGCCCGUGCGGUGAUGGAGGCUCCUGUGUGGAUGGGGAAAAUGGCUUCCGCUGCCUCUGCCCACCUGGCUCCCUGCCCCCGCUCUGCCUUCCCACGAGCCAUCCCUGUGCCCAAGAACCCUGCAGUCACGGUGUCUGCCACGAUGCGCCCGGAGGGUUCCGCUGCCUGUGUGAGCCUGGCUGGAGUGGCCCCCGAUGCAGCCAGAGCCUUGCUCGAGAUGCCUGUGAAUCCCAGCCCUGCCGGUCUGGUGGCACCUGCACCAGUGAUGGAAUCGGCUUCCACUGUACCUGUCCCCCUGGUGUCCAGGGCCGUCAGUGUGAGCUGCCAUCGCCCUGUACUCCAAACCCCUGUGAGCAUGGGGGUCACUGUGAGUCUGCCCCUGGCCAGCUGCCUGUCUGCUCCUGCCCUCCUGGCUGGCAAGGCCCACGAUGCCAGCAGGAUGUGGAUGAAUGUGCUGGCCCCUCACCCUGUGGCUCCCACGGUACCUGCACCAACCUGGCGGGGAGUUUCAGCUGUACCUGCCACGAGGGGUAUAGUGGCCCUUCCUGUGAUCAGGACAUCGAUGACUGUGACCCCAACCCCUGCCUGAAUGGUGGCUCCUGCCAGGAUGGCGUGGGCUCCUUUUCAUGCUCCUGCCUCCCUGGCUUUGCUGGUCCCCGCUGUGCCCGCGACGUGGAUGAAUGUCUGAGCAGCCCCUGUGGCCCGGGCACCUGCGCCGACCACGUGGCCUCCUUUACCUGCACGUGCCCACCUGGAUAUGGAGGCUUCCGCUGUGAGCAGGACCUACCCGACUGCAGCCCCAGCUCCUGCUUCCACGGCGGGACCUGCGUGGACGGCGUGAACUCGUUCAGCUGCCAGUGCCGCCCGGGCUACACGGGUGCACACUGCCAACACGAGGCCGACCCCUGCGUCUCUCGGCCCUGCCUGCACGGGGGCGUCUGCACGGCCGCCCGCCCUGGCUUCCGCUGCACCUGUCCGGAGGGCUUCACUGGCGCUCAGUGCCAGACGCUGGUAGACUGGUGCAGCCACGCGCCCUGUCAGAACGGGGGUCGCUGUGCCCGGAGCGGGGCCUCCUUCUACUGCCUUUGCCCUCCGGGUUGGAGCGGCCGCGUCUGUGACAUCCGGAGUGUGCCCUGCAGGGAGGCCGCAGCCCAGAUCGGGGUGCGGCUGGAAGAGCUGUGUCAGACUGGUGGGCAGUGCGUGGACAAGGACAAUUCCCACUAUUGCGUGUGUCCAGAAGGCCGCACGGGCAGCCACUGUGAGCAGGAGGUGGACCCCUGCUUGGCCCAGCCCUGCCAGCAUGGGGGCACCUGCCGCGGCUACAUGGGGGGUUAUGUGUGCGAGUGUCCGGCUGGCUACACCGGGGACGACUGUGAGGAUGAUGUGGACGAGUGCGCCUCCCAGCCCUGCCAGAACGGGGGCUUCUGCAUUGACCUCGUGGCCCGCUAUCUCUGCUCCUGCCCCCCGGGAACGCUGGGUGUGCUCUGUGAGAUUAAUGAGGACGACUGUGGCCCAGGCCCACCCCUGGACCAGGGCCCCCGGUGCCUGCACAAUGGUACCUGUGUGGACCUCGUGGGUGGCUUCCGCUGCACCUGCCCCCCCGGGUACACUGGCCUGCGCUGCGAGGCGGACAUCAAUGAGUGUCACCCGGGUGCCUGCCACGAUGCACACACCCGGGACUGUCUGCAGGACCCAGGUGGGGGCUUCCGCUGCCUUUGUCGUGCGGGCUUCACAGGUCCCCGCUGUCAGACUGUCCUGUCUCCCUGUGAGUCCCAGCCAUGCCAGCACGGAGGCCAGUGCCGUCCCAGCCCAGGACCUGGGGGUGCGCUGACAUUUACCUGCCGCUGCGUUCCGCCGUUCUGGGGCCCGCGUUGCGAGCGGGUGGCGCGCUCCUGCCGGGAGCUGCAGUGCCCGGCGGGCGUCCCGUGCCAGCAGACGGUCCGUGGGCCGCGCUGCGCCUGCCCCCCGGGACUGUCGGGGCCCGCCUGCCGGGGCUCGCGGGGGUCGCCGCCGGGGGCCGCCAACGCCAGCUGCCUGGCCUCCCCCUGCCUCCACGGCGGCUCCUGCGGCCCCGCGCCCCUCGCACCUUUCUUCCGCUGCGCGUGCGCGCCAGGCUGGGACGGACCGCGCUGCGAGGUGCCCGCGGCGGCGCCCGAGGCCCCCGAGGAACCGCUGUGCCCGAGCGCCGCCUGCGAGGCCAAGAGCGGGGACAAGCGCUGCGACCGCGAGUGCAACAGCCCGGGCUGCGGCUGGGACGGCGGCGACUGCUCGCUGAGCGUGGGCGACCCCUGGCGGCAGUGCGCGGCGCUGCAGUGCUGGCGCCUCUUCAACAACAGCCGCUGCGACCCCGCCUGCAGCUCGCCCGCCUGCCUCUAUGACAACUUCGACUGCCGCGCGGGCGGCCGGGAGCGCGCCUGCAACCCCGUGUACGAGAAGUACUGUGCGGACCACUUUGCGGACGGCCGCUGCGACCAGGGCUGCAACACGGAGGAGUGCGGCUGGGACGGGCUGGACUGCGCGGGCGAGGUGCCCGCCCUGCUGGCCCGCGGCGUGCUGGUGCUCACCGUGCUGCUCCCGCCCGAGGAGCUGCUGCGCUCCAGCGCCGACUUCCUGCAGCGGCUGAGCGGCAUCCUGCGCACGUCGCUGCGCUUCCGCCUGGACGAACACGGUCAGGCCAUGGUCUUCCCGUACCACCGGCCCGGCCCUGGCGCCGAAUCCCGGAACCGGCGGGAGCUGGCCCCGGAGGUGAUCGGCUCUGUGGUGAUGCUGGAGAUUGACAACCGGCUGUGCCUGCAGUCACCGGAGAAUGACCACUGCUUCCCCGACGCCCAGAGUGCGGCCGACUACCUGGGAGCCUUGUCGGCGGUGGAACGCCUUGACUUCCCGUACCCGCUGCGGGCCGUGCGAGGGGAGCCGCUGGAGCUGCCGGAGCCGAGCAUGCCGCUGCUUCCGCUGCUGGCCGCCAGCGCCGUCUUCCUGCUGGCCAUCCUCGUGCUGGGCGUCAUGGUGGCCCGGCGCAAGCGUGAGCACAGCACCCUCUGGUUCCCCGAGGGCUUCGCGCUCCACAAGGAUGUGGCUGCCGGCCACAAGGGCCGCCGGGAGCCCGUGGGCCAAGACGCGCUGGGCAUGAAGAACAUGGCCAAGAGCGAGAGUCUGAUGGGGCAGGUGGCCACAGACUGGAUGGACACUGAGUGCCCAGAAGCGAAGCGACUGAAGGUAGAGGACCCUGGCAUGGGGGCCGAGGAUGCUGUGGAUUGUCGCCAGUGGACUCAACACCACCUGGUUGCAGCUGACAUCCGUGUGGCACCAGCCAUGGCCUUGACGCCCCCACAGGGCGAUGUGGAUGCUGAUGGCGUGGAUGUCAAUGUGCGUGGCCCAGACGGAUUCACCCCACUGAUGCUGGCCUCUUUCUGUGGCGGGGCUCUGGAGCCAAUGCCCACCGAGGAGGAUGAGGCAGAAGACGCGUCAGCCAGCAUCAUCUCAGACCUGAUCUGCCAGGGAGCCCAGCUUGGGGCACGGACUGACCGCACGGGCGAGACAGCCCUGCACCUCGCUGCCCGCUAUGCCCGGGCCGAUGCGGCCAAGCGGCUGCUGGAUGCCGGGGCAGACACCAAUGCCCAGGACCAUUCAGGCCGCACUCCUUUGCACACUGCUGUCACCGCUGAUGCCCAAGGCGUCUUCCAGAUUCUCAUCCGGAACCGCUCCACAGACCUGGAUGCCCGCAUGGCGGAUGGUUCAACGGCGCUAAUCCUCGCAGCCCGUCUGGCGGUGGAGGGCAUGGUGGAAGAACUCAUUGCCAGCCACGCUGAUGUCAAUGCUGUGGAUGAGCUUGGGAAAUCAGCCUUACACUGGGCAGCAGCUGUCAACAAUGUGGAGGCCACGUUGGCCCUGCUCAAAAAUGGAGCCAACAAGGACAUGCAGGAUAGCAAGGAGGAAACUCCACUGUUUCUGGCCGCCCGGGAGGGCAGCUAUGAGGCUGCCAAGCUGCUGCUGGACCACUUCGCCAACCGCGAGAUCACAGACCACCUGGACAGGCUGCCGCGGGACGUGGCCCAGGAGCGGCUGCACCAGGACAUCGUGCGCCUGCUGGACCAGCCCAGUGGGCCCCGGAGCCCUCCCGGCCCACACGGCCUGGGGCCCCUCCUCUGCCCACCGGGGGCCUUCCUCCCGGGCCUCAAGGUGGCACAGUCUGGGGGCAAGAAGAGCCGGAGGCCACCCGGGAAGGCGGGGCUGGGGCCGCAGGGCGCCCGGGGGCGGGGCAAGAAGCUGACGCUGGCCUGCCCCGGUCCCCUGGCCGAGAGCUCGGUCACGCUGUCGCCCGUGGACUCGCUGGACUCCCCGCGGCCCUUCGGUGGGCCCCCCGCGUCCCCUGGCGGCUUCUCCCUCGAGGGGCCCUACGCGGCUGCCACCGCCACGGCUGUGUCCCUGGCGCAGCUCGGUGGCGCGGGCCGGGCCGGUCUAGGGCGCCAGCCCCCCGGGGGCUGCGUGCUCAGCUUGGGUCUGCUGAACCCCGUGGCCGUUCCCCUCGACUGGGCCCGGCUGCCGCCACCUGCCCCGCCGGGCCCCUCGUUCCUGCUGCCGCUGGCGCCGGGACCCCAGCUGCUGAACCCCGGGACCCCCGUGUCGCCCCAGGAGCGGCCCCCACCGUACCUGGCGGCCCCGGGACACGGCGAGGAGUACCCGGCAGCCGGCGCCCACGGCAGCCCCCCCAAGGCCCGCUUCCUGAGGGUCCCCAGCGAGCACCCUUACCUGACCCCCUCCCCCGAGUCCCCCGAGCACUGGGCCAGCCCCUCGCCUCCCUCCCUCUCGGACUGGUCAGACUCCACGCCCAGCCCAGCCACUGCCACCGGGCCCGCGGCCACAGCCGCUGGGGCGCUGCCUGCCCAGCCGCUCCCCCUUUCCGUCCCAGGCCCGCUAGCUCAGGCCCAGACCCAGCUGGGGCCCCAGCCCGAAGUCACCCCCAAGAGGCAGGUGUUGGCCUGAGAGCUCUCCAGUUCCUGGGUCUUGGGGGGCUGAACAGACAUCCUGUCCUGAUUCUCUCUCUCCCCCCGCUUCCUUUGUAGACCUUUCCCUUCUCUUUUCUCUCCACCAGCCUCCUCGCACCGGUCCAACUCCCCCUCGAAGUGUGGCUGAGAUAGGUCCGCAGCCUCGGCUUUCAGUCCUGCUUUAUUUAUAGGGGGUGCGGGCUGACUCCCCUCCACCCCCUGGGUCUUGAGAUGAGCCUGGGGCCUCCUCCUGCACCCCCCCAUCCCCAUGCUUCCGUCCCUCCCCCCUCUCCUGCCUCCUCUGGUCUCUCUCCUUCCACUCCGACACGAGUGAAUUAUUAUUAUUUUUUUUUACAUUUUGUAUAGAAACAAAUUCAUUUAAACAAACUUAUUAUUAUUAUUAUUUUUUACAAAAUAUAUAUAUGGAGACGCUCCCUGCCCCUGCAAACCCCCCAGUGCCCCCGUGGGGCUGAGUCUGUGGGCCCAUUCGGCCAAGCUGGAUCCUGUGUACCGAGUACACAGGCAUGACCGGGAUCCUGUGUACCGAGUACACAACCCUGGUGUGUACCAAGUAGGCACCCUUGGGCGCACCCUCCGGGGCGGGGGGCGGGUGAGACUUGGGAGCCUGUUUCCUCCCCCACGUCCCUCACUUCACUGCAUUCCAGAUGGAACUUGUUCUAUAGCUUUGCUGGGGGGAGGGCUCUUCUGGCCCAGAGAGCCCGCCCCAGGUCCCCCCAACCCUAGAGCCGGGGCCAUCUCUCUUGGGGAGCUGGGUGGGGGUGGCUGGUGAGAACGUGAGGACCAGGGGAGAUGUGUGCAUGUCACUUUGCCUCCCUCUAAAUACGGGACUGCAGGAAGGGAAUGAGCUGCCUGGUGGCACCCCUCCCCUGGUACUCCCCCCCCCACCCCCCUGCCCAGCCCCGGGGGCAAAAUAGAAGUAUUUUUAGGCUAUUUUUGUAAUGUGGCUUCUGGUCACUAUCCCUGUGUAGCUAAAUUCCCUUGCAUUGUACAGCCCCCAGUCCCCUCACCACCUAAUAAAGGAAUAGUUAACACUCA